CUUUGCUGGUCCCUGGGUGACAGGGCAGGAUGGACUCCGACUAUUUGAAGCAUGAAAAUGAACCCAUUCUUGAAUACAUGGAUCUAGAAGAACUUCCUGACUCAGAUGAUCCAGUUUAUAUUCUAGGAAAGCAAUAUGAUAUGAAAACAGAGAAAUGUGAUCUUCAAUCAGAUAUCGUUUCCCGUUUGUGGUUUACAUAUAGAAAAAAAUUCUCUCCUAUUGGAGGAACGGGCCCCUCUUCUGACACGGGAUGGGGAUGCAUGCUCAGGUGUGGACAGAUGAUGCUGGCUCAGGCUUUAAUUUGCCAGCACUUAGGAAGAGAUUGGCAGUGGGAGAAACACAAAGAGCAUCCAGAGGAGUAUCGCCAAAUCCUGCAGUGUUUUCUGGAUAGAAAGGACUGUUGUUAUUCUAUUCAUCAAAUGGCACAGAUGGGUGUUGGAGAAGGAAAGUCUAUAGGUGAAUGGUUUGGACCAAACACAGUAGCUCAAGUCUUAAAGAAACUUGCUUUAUUCGAUGAGUGGAAUUCCCUUGCUGUCUAUGUUUCCAUGGAUAACACUGUUGUUAUUGAAGACAUCAAGACAAUGUGUAAGUACCAACCACACAACCACAGCAUGGCACAUGCUGCCUCUCACCAAAGAACUUGGAGCAGAUGCAGAGAUACAUUAGAACAGAGCUCAGGGUGGAGGCCAUUGCUGCUUAUUGUGCCUCUCAGGCUUGGUAUAAACCACAUCAAUCCUGUAUACGUUGAUGCUUUUAAGGCAUGCUUCAAAAUGCCCCAGUCAUUAGGAGCUUUAGGAGGAAAACCAAAUCAUGCCUAUUAUUUUAUAGGCUUUUCAGGAGAUGAAAUAAUCUACCUGGAUCCUCAUACCACGCAGACAUUUGUGGACACUGAGGAAGCUGGCACUGUACAGGACCAGACUUACCACUGCCAAAAAGGCCCUAACAGUAUGAAGGUUUUGAAACUGGACCCUUCAGUAGCGUUGGGCUUCUUUUGUAAAGAUGAAAAUGAGUUCAACAACUGGUGUGAAGUGAUAGAAAAGGAAAUUCUAAAACAUCAGAGUUUACGGAUGUUUGAAUUAAUACCAAAGCAUCCCCCACACUGGCCACCUUUUGUACCUCCGACAAAACCAGAAGUGUCCACUAUAGGAGCAGAACUCAUUGAGUCUACUGAUAAACUGUUUGACGUAGAAGAAGAGUUUGAGAUUCUGAGUGUUUAAUGCAAUCUUGGUCGGAUUUUGUCACUUUACGCAAGCAAGCUUAACCAGAAAGUGCCUCAAACCUCCCGGAGAACAGAGCACAACCCAGGAUUUUGUGGACUCCAUGAGUCGAAUGGAUGGAAGGACCUCUCCCAGUUCCUUGUGUGAACCUGUCUCUGUUUAGAGGGUACACAUGCAAUACACAGUGUUUACCUUUCCCUCCUGGAAUCCCGUGGGGGUGGAAGAAGAUAGUAGUGAGACACUUACAAUGUAGUACAAAUAAAGAGGUUGAUGCAGUACUUUAGUAGCUGCAAAUAGGGUAUCCUGUUUGCAAACCUCCAAAAGCAUACCUUUUUAUAAAGCAUUGUUUUUAACAUGUUACAUGCUGGAUAUAUUUAUACUGUAUAUGUAUUCUUUAUGUGUGAGCUAAUACUGUCCCUGCAGGGGAGUUUUCAGUGUCUAACAAAGGGCUAGUCAUUGUGCAGCGUUUUAACUGGAGUUGUGCUAGGCUACAGUAUGUAGCAUCACUGCUUGAAUAUGGUUUGAGUAGUAGUGCAACAGCAGCUGUAGUGGAGGGGGUAGUGGAAAUGCAUGCACUAACUUCUUCUACUAACUAUUAUUAGCCCUAUAAAGCCCAGAGGAACUUCAGUUGCUUGUGUAAAGCUGUAUUACCGAUGUCUGCACACAAGCUCUGUAUUGGUUCAUAUAACUGUUGCCAUUUCAGGUCAUCUUCUGAUUUUUGUUUUGGCUUUCUGUUAUUUCUGUGAUGGUUUCUUCUGUCCCUUUGCCAAGUAGCUGACGUCCACACAGCAGUUUGCUUAUGAAGAAAAUAGAAGCGUAUGUUAUUUCUGCACUUACUCAGUGUAACCCUAAGAUAUGUCAUGGGUUAUCAGAACAGUUAAACUACAAGCAGGAUCCAUUCACGGUUUCCUUUCAUGUUUAUACUUUAAGAUAAGUGUAAAUGCCCUUAUUUAAACCUACAUUAGGGCAUUGCUAGAUAGUAAUAUUUAUUUAUUUGGAAAAUCUGAAUUUAUACAACAAAUUUUCUCUAGUAGCAAUUUUGCAUUUAGGUCCAUUUAACAGCAUCAUGUCGGCAUUAUAAAGCUGUUGGUAGCCAACCAUUCAGUGUUGUGUUUUUCACUUUACAGGAACAAAUUUGCCACAGAUUUUAAAUAAAGAAAUGAGAAUGUUUAA